AUGCGGGAGCCUAGCCCCCUCGCCCUCAUCAACAUCCCACUCUUCCUGCUUUUCUCCCGGCCACUCAACCCUCUCGCCCAGUUCCCCCGUCCCUGCGCCUCGCUCUCCGCCCUGACCUCGCGUGUCUGCUGUCCCCACUGGCCAGGGGAUGGGUCUCCCUGCGGGGAGCGCAGCGGCCGGGGAUCCUGCAUGCCCUUCCGCCCCGCUCCUCCCGCUACAUCCCCUUCCGCGCUCCCCUCGCCCUGGGAUUUCCGACUGGCCUGGCCCAGCGCCUUCUUUGCCUACGCCUGUGCAUGCCACCCCCGCUUCUCGGGAUUCGAUUGCGGGAAGUGCGCGGGAGGCUGGCGGGGUCCCUUCUGCGAGCGCUGGGCAGUCCGAGUGAGGAAGGGAGUCCAUCAGCUCAGCCGACAGCAGUGGCGGGUCCUUCUCAGGACACUGAAGGCGGCUAAGGGCACCAUCAGCAGCCGCCCUCUGGGUGGGAAAGCAGGUGGAGGUCUGAGGAAGGAGGCAAUAUCUAGCGCCAACUUUGCCCACGGGGGUCCAGCCUUCGCCCCCUGGCACCGGCGCUACCUGGCAUUCCUCGAGGAGGAGUUGAGGAUACUAUCGGGGGACGAAGACUUCAGCUUGCCGUACUGGAACUGGACCCGGAGCCCGGGUUGUGAUGUCUGUCGGGUUAGCCAAAUGGGGCGCAGUGACAACCGCGGCAAGAUACGAGCACCCGCCUUCCUCACCGGCUGGAAGACAGUGUGCACCUACGACGGAGACGCAGAAGCGUCCAUGGACACCGUCUGCCUUCAGCCCACUCGACAGACUCACCUACUGAGGCGCCGGCCAGGGGGUGAUCCGGGAGCCCCACGUCUGCCCACCACCCGUGAUGUGUCCGACGCCCUGCAUCUACAAAACUACGAUCGCCAUCCCUUCAACCAGUUCGCCAUCUCCAGCUUCCGCAACGUGCUAGAAGGAUACCAGAAACCCAACCGUCCUGGGUCCUGGGGUCACGCUUUGCACAACCUAGUUCAUACCUAUCUCAACGGCACGAUCUCCAAGGUGGCUGCGGCCUCAAACGAUCCCAUCUUCCUUCUGCACCAUGCCUUCAUUGACAAGAUCUGGGAAGACUGGCUACGGGCAAACCCCGAUCGAUUCCACAUGUACCCGCUGCAUGGCCUGGUGCCCGAGGGCCACCGAUGGGAUUCCUAUAUGGUCCCAUACCUACCGCCCGUCCGGAUCAUCGACUACUACAAAGCCUCUGUGUGCCUGGGAUACACCUACUCCAACUCGGCCUAUGAAGAGUGGGACAUGGCCGCCAAGCCCCCGUUUCUCUAA